GCCCGCCGCGCACGCGCAGCAGCUCGCGAUUGGCCGUCCCGGCUGUGGCGGAGCCGGCGCCAUUUUCCUGCCCCCCGCGCCGAAGCUGGGCCGGGCGGCGCGCAGGCGCAGUGGCGCCCCGUUGGAAGGUGCCGCGCGGCCCGGCUCGGCCCGGCUCGGCCCAGCCUGGCCCAGCCUUCGCGCGCCGGGGGGAUCCUGUCAGGUGCGCACUUUCACCGUUGUCUCCUGCUCUGCCUGCUCCUGCUUUCAGCAUGGUAAAGAAGAAUACUAUCCCCGAUGGAUGGCGGAGCUUGACACCGGUUGGACAGCCUAUACCAGGAACUAGAUUUAUUGCAUUUAAAGUACCUUUAAAAGGGGCAAUUAACCAGAGGCUUACCCCAACCCAGAAAUUUACACCAAAAGACUUAAUUGCAGCAAUGAAAGCCCUAAAUGUGGAGCUUGGAUUAAUUAUUGAUUUAACAUACACUACACGAUACUACGAAGUUAAGGACUUACCUAAAAGUGUACAGUACAAGAAACUUUACACUGUUGGACUUGAAGUCCCUGAUAAUGGUACUAUCCUACAGUUCAAAAAGUGGGUCAGAAAAUUCCUGUGGGAAAAUGCAGGAAACGAGAAACUUAUUGGUGUCCACUGUACUAAUGGAAUUAAUAGAACCGGCUACCUUAUAUGUAGAUAUCUUAUAGAUGUUGAAGGCUGGGAUCCAGAGGCAGCAAUCCAAGCUUUUGGUGAUGCUAGAGGUCAUCAAAUAGAUGGUCUUGUAUAUCUCACAGAUCUCAGAACACAGCCAAUGAGAAGUAACCUUGGAAUGGAUGUAUGGGAUUCAGAUGAGGAUAUUGUUCCUCCUCCACGUGCCAUGGAAGGACCUGUGGAACGAUUCCCAAAUGAAGAUUUUGAGGGGUGUGGGAAAAGAUUAAGAGUUUAUGAUGAACACUCUCAGAAUGAUUUGCAAGGACAGAUACAACUGAGAGAUUUCGAUUUCAUUAAUAAGGGAGCUGGACAAAGACGAAGACCAUUUCAUGACCAUCAGACUCAAGAUGAUUUAAGAGCACCAAUGCAGAUGAGAAAUUUGGACUACAACAGGGGACCAGGACAGCGGCGAAGGCCCUUUCCUGAUCACCAGUUUUAUGAUGAUUACCAAGAAGAUACACAGCUCAAGGACCUAGACUUCAGUAAGAAGGGAGCUGGACAACAGCUGAGACCUUUUCAUGGACACCAGUUCCAUGAUGAUUUACAGGCAGAGAGACAUUCAAGGGACUUUGAAUUUAACAGAGGCCGUGGACAAAGGCAGAGAUCUUUUCCUGACCAUCCAUCCCAUAACAAUUUGCAGGAAGAUAUGCAGUCAAAGGAGUUUGAUUUUGGUAGCAGGGGCCGUGGCCGUGGACAGAGACGAAGGCAGUUCCAUGACCACCAAUCUCAUGAUGAAUUUCAGACUCCAAUGCAGUUGAAAGAGUUAGAUUGUGUCAACAAAGGUCCUAGCCAAAGACCAAGACCUUUCCAUGACUAUCAGUCCCAGGAUGACUUACAGCCACAGGUGCAACUUGGAGAUUUUGAAUUUGUUAAUCAGGCUCAUGGACAGAGGUUGAGACCUUUCCGUGAUCACCAACCGCACAACGACUUGCAAACAGAGAUGCAACUAGAAAAUUAUGAUGAUAAAGGUGCUGGACAAAGGCACAGACCUUUUCAUGACCGUCAGCCUUAUGAUGACUUACAGGAACAGCCUCAGUUAAAAGAUUUUGAUUAUGUUAAUAAAGGGCAAGGACAAAGGCCAAGACCUUUCCAUGAUCAUCCUGGUCACGAUGACUUGCCACGUGAAUGGUGUUCAGACAGAAGUCAAUCUUUUUCUUCCCAUGAAAAUGUACCAGAACCUCAUUUUUCCUCAUCUCCUUCACUUCAUAGAGAUUACGGGUCUGAUAAUGAUGAGUUUAACAGAAGCUAUAGUAAUCGAACAAAUUGUCCAGAAGACAAUAGGAGAGUACAUCCUUCAGAUGAAUUUAACAGAGGAAAAAACAGAUUUGCACCAUAUUCUUCACGUACAAUGAAUCCGUCUUCAUCUGUACACCAGGAAGGUAGUUCAAUAGACUAUGAAAGAAAAACUUUUCAAGGUGAACCUACCAGAGAGAUGGAACAUGGCAAAAGAUUACCAGUUGUAACAGUUGAUUACAAUUAUGGUCUGCCAUUAGAUUAUGGACCUGAAGAGGAAGAGAGAAAUUAUGAUUUACCUCCAAGAGACUGCUACAACUGGCACUGAAUACAAAGGACAAUGUUUGCUCAGCUUAGACUUCUGUUUACCUAUUUUGCUUUGUAUGUGGAUUUUUUUUAAGUUAGGAAAAUGCAAAUUUCAGUAGUAGAGAACUCGUCUCUGUUGUAAGAUCAAAUUCUACUGAUGUUUGGUUCUUUAUAUUUAUUAGAGUGUACUUGUUCACUGUGUUUGUAGACAAGGUCUCAGUACACAUGGAAUGAAAGUAGUCAUUCCUUUAAGCAAAGUUGGAGCCCUGUACCUUAACCCAUACAACUUUGAGUGAUUGUAAUUGUCUUUUGUUUUACAUUUAUUUAAAAUGUAUGUAAUUUCAGGAUGCAAGAGUCAUAAUAAAAUACUAUACCAUCACAUAGACUAGCAUUGAGAUUAUAGAAAAAAUACUAUGAAAUUAAUGAAACAAAUGUAUGUCAACUUCAUCCUUUAAUAAUAGCAGUUUGUUAUUAUUGCUAACGAUUACUGCUAACAAUGUCUGUGACAUGGCAGUUUUCUUCCAUUUUUUUGUACCAUCAACUGAUGUAGGUGUGCUGUUUUCCAUAGCAGAUUUUUUCCCAGAUUGCUAAUAACUUGGAGGUAACUGGAGUUUGAAUAGUCUAAAUAUGAAACUUGCUUUUCAUCAUUCUGAAUAUCUCAUCCUAAUUGUGUAUUUUUUCCUGAUCCCACAGAUUAUAAAUGCUUCAGAAUAGCCCAGUGCAGGUGAAUUUCACAAUUUUCUCAGCAACACAUCCAAAUGAGGCAGGUCAUGUAUCAACAGGUUGCCUGCCUCAACUGGCCGAGAUUACCUGCGCCUUUGUGUUUACACCUUCCUGUUUGUCAGUCAAAUGUGUCUCAUUCAUUCUCCACUUCUGUUUUCUACUGGCUUCUUUUUUACAGCACAGCAGAGUAAUCAGAAUGGAAGAAUAACCUCUUUAGGUAAGUUACUUUUAGAGUCCUGCACUGGAAUGGUCUCCUCUACCAUUUCAUCGGGUCUCUGGAAGGUAGCGCAACAAACAGUAACUGAAUUCAUGCCAGCAGCAGCACAGUGGCAGCAACAGCUCCUAAUUCUGUUAAGCAGAUCUUACUUAGUUCAUAGGACAGAUAACAGUAUUAAUGUAAUACUUAAGUGAACCAAAAUUUUGACAUUUUUCAAUAUUACUAUAUCUUAAUAAUUUUGAUGUUUUUAAAAUGCUACAGGGAAAGAAGGAUGAACCUAGACUAUGACAUUAAGAUAACUGAAAUAAAUGCUAAAUAUAAUGUGAAAUAUAAAGCUGAAGGGUGGAAGUAUACACUAGAAAACUCCAAAAAGAUGGUGUUCAGAGUAAGAACUCCACAGACCUUUUUUGCUUUUUAACUAGCACCAUGAAACUCAGAUUUCUGAAUUCAUGGGUCUAUGGCUACUAAAUAAGGACUUGACUUGAGAAGUGUGGAACAUCUGGCAAUUCCUGUUGAUUUGUAACACAUGCAGAAAGUUCCAAAAAUCAAAGGAUUCUUUGCAUAUAAAUUCAAAGUGCAGAUAUUUCAUUGCCUUUGCAACUAGUAGAGCAACUUUACUUUGUAUAAUGAACAAAGCCAAAUUGUUCCUUCAUUUUCACAGCAGCUAGUCAAUAGUAUUUCCCAUUAAAUCUGGGAUUGUGAGCCUCAUUAACACUCUCUCAGGAAUGAAGUUCUCUAUAGGUAACCUGGUUUUGGAACUAAGCGCUAAAUGUUAAGAAAAAGGAACAUUUCUUCCUUUGCUUACUAUUUUUUAAAAUGAGUGUUAAAGUAUUUAUGCUUUCUUAUUUGGGGGCAAGGAAGAUCUGCAACAUGGGCUACUGUAUUGCCAGAUUAAAAAUAAACCAAAAUCAACCAAAAA